AUGGAAACAAAGGAACCUGAAGAUUUGGAAAAGCCCUGGAAGAAACUGGUGAGAGGUUCAUGGAAAACUGAUGAUGAGCCAGUCAAGGAGAGACCUGAGCUACUCUUGAGAGAAGAGGAGACAUGCCACAUUGACCAGGAGACCCCAGAACCCCAUUGCUACAUCCCAAUUCAGAGAAACUCCAUCUUCAACUGCGCCGUGAGACACAGAAGCAAAACCAAGACCCAAAACACUUCCACACAGAACGCCAGCCACCAUCAGGCAGAUUCACUGGAAAAUGGAAAGUCUAUAAACAAGCCCCUGGCCUUGAACGAUCCCCCAAGCAGAACACCUCCUCGGAGGAUUCCAACUCAGACAGACCCAGGAGCCCAGAAAACGAGCGAGUCGUCCUCCACCCCGGGCAACGGGGCCACGCCCGAGGAGUGCCCGGCGCUGGCCGACAGCCCCACCACGCUCACCGAGGCCCUGCAGAGAAUCCACCCCAUCCCCGCCGACUCCUGGAGGAACCUCAUCGAGCAAAUAGGGCUCCUGUAUCAGGAAUACCGAGAUAAAUCAACUCUCCAGGAGAUAGAAACCAGGAGGCAACAGGAUGCCGAAAUACAGGCAGAUGAAGACGGGUCCCCGGCCAGUGAGGAGGCUCCCGAGGAGGAAGAGGAGGAGGAGCUGGCAAGCCCGCCCGAGAGGAAGGCACUGCCCCAGAUCUGCCUGCUCAGUAACCCCCACUCGAGGUUUAACCUCUGGCAGGACCUGCCAGAGAUUCGGAGCAGUGGGGUGCUGGAGAUCCUGCAGCCGGAGGAGGUCAAGCUGCAGGAGGCCAUGUUCGAGCUGGUCACCUCCGAGGCCUCCUACUACAAGAGCCUGAACCUGCUGGUGUCUCACUUCGUGGAGAGCGAACGGCUGAAGAAGAUUCUGCACCCGGCGGAGGCCCACCUCCUCUUUUCCAACGUCCUGGACGUCACGGCCGUCAGCGAGCGGUUCCUCUUGGAGCUGGAGCGCCGGAUGGAGGAGAACAUUGUCAUCUCGGACGUGUGCGAUAUCAUGUACCACUACGCGGCCAACCACUUCUCGGUCUACAUCACCUACGUCAGCAACCAGACCUACCAGGAGAGGACGUACAAGCAGCUGCUCCAGGAGAAGGCAGCUUUCCGGGAGCUGGUCGCACAGCUGGAGCUGGACCCCAAGUGCAAGGGGCUGCCGCUGUCCUCGUUCCUCAUCCUGCCCUUCCAGAGAAUCACGCGCCUCAAGCUGCUGGUGCAGAACAUUCUGAAGAGGGUGGAGGAAGGGUCCGAGCGCGAGUGCACUGCCCUGGACGCUCACAAGGAGCUGGAAAUGGUGGUGAAGGCGUGCAACGAGGGUGUCAGGAAGAUGAGCCGCACGGAGCAGAUGAUCAGUAUCCAGAAGAAGAUGGAGUUCAAGAUCAAGUCAGUGCCCAUCAUCUCACACUCGCGCUGGCUGCUGAAGCAGGGCGAGCUGCAGCAGAUGGCGGGCCCCAAGACCUCCCGGACCCUGCGGACCAAGAAGCUCUUCCGGGAGAUUUACCUCUUCCUCUUCAACGACCUGCUGGUCAUCUGCCGCCAGAUUCCCGGAGACAAGUACCAGGUGUUUGACUCGGCCCCACGGGGCCUGCUCCGCGUGGAGGAGCUCGAGGACCAGGGCCAGACACUGGCCAAUGUGUUCAUCCUGCGACUGCUGGAGAACGCUGACGACCGGGAGGCCACCUACAUGCUGAAGGCCUCCUCUCAGAGUGAGAUGAAGCGCUGGAUGACCUCCCUGGCCCCCAACCGGAGGACCAAGUUUGUCUCCCUCACGUCCCGGUUGCUGGACUGCCCCCAGGUGCAGUGUGUGCACCCGUAUGUGGCCCAGCAGCCGGAUGAAGUGACGCUGGAGCUUGCCGACAUCCUGAACAUCCUGGACAAGACGGAGGACGGGUGGAUCUUCGGAGAGCGGCUGCACGACCAGGAGAGAGGCUGGUUCCCGAGCUCCAUGACUGAAGAGAUCUUGAACCCCAAGAUCCGGUCACAGAACCUUAAGGAGUGUUUCCGUGUCCACAAGAUGGACGACCCUCAACGCAGCCAGAACAAGGACCGCAGGAAGCUAGGGAGCAGGAAUCGGCAAUGACCC